CCUUCUUAGGUAACAGGAUGACUUUGAUUCCCUGACCCUUCUGCUUCCACCCCCAGGGUACUGACUUACAUACUUGUGCCUCUAUGCCUGGCUUCACGCUCACUUCAAGUUUUUAAAAAUUUAUUAUUCUGUAUGCAGGAUGUCGGAAGGGGGGUGCUUGUGCUGUGGUAUGGGUGUGGUUGGAGGCUGGAGGAUUUUAUGGAAUUCUUUCUUUUUCACCUUUACGUGGAUGGGGUCUAUAUAUAGAUUGGACUCAGGUAACCAGGCUUGCAGGGCAAGCACCUUUUGAUGGUCACUUUUUGUCUCAAGAAUAACUACAGAGCAACAGUGCAUUAGCACUGUAAUCCCAGCGCUCUGGAGGCUCAGCCAAGGGGCUUGAAAAUUCAAGCCCAGCCUGGACUACCUAGUGAGACUCUUGUCUCAAAACAAACACCCCAAGAGACUUGAAUGUGAUGGUUCUUGUCUGCAGUUUCUGACCUUGGGAGGUAGAAGGGAGAGGAUCAGUAGCUUAUGGUCAUCCUCUGCUAUGUAGUGAGUUUGAGACCAGCCUGGGUUGCGUGAAACUUUGUUUCAAAAAACCCAAACCAAAGCAAGGAUAACAAAACUACAGAGCAACUCUUGCUGCAGGUUGAACCUAUGGUUCAUGCGAGCUGUACUCAGCUUGCAAUACUUGUUUCCACAUAAACUGUCCAAGUUUUAAUAGAAUUAUGUUGUGUUUUUGUAUGUCCUCAUAGAAUUACAGAGCACACAAGGUGUGUGAGUUCAGGAGGGAUAUUGAAAGGCCUCUGGUGGAAUCCCCACGGGAUCCUCUCCUCUUGUCUCGGAGCGUUCAUUGUUAUAAACGAGGGGCAGUUUCCGUUCACACAGGUUAAAGAGAUGACUUUGCAGUUAGCCAUGCUGGUUUGGGGUUACUCACUAGAAAUGUGUUGGAAUGGACUCUCCUCUGUCACUAAAAACAUGUUCUAGAUGACUCUAGUCUCAAUGUUUAGAAACCAGAACAUUCUUCUUAGGUUCCAAGGUAUGGAAGGAAUCAGGUGAAAUACAAGCUCUGUAGAGGAGGGUGUUAAUGGACAGUUUAGCCACCCCCUUACUCAAGUCCAAGGGAACUCAACCUUAUUGGAUAGAAGGUUGAAAUUAGAAGCACCAUUCUGAUUCUCCUAUGACCCAUUAAUUUACCUGAACUAUUAAUUUUUUAAAACCCUAUAGCUGGGUGGUGGUGGUGGUACAUGCCUUUAAUCCCAGCACUUGAGAGGCAGAGGCAGGCAGUUGGAGGCCAGCCCGGUCUACAGCAUGAGUUCCAGGAGAGCCAGGGUAACACAGAGAAACCCUGUCUUGGGGUGGGGUUGGGGCACCUAAAGUACCUGAAGACAGUCUUUGACACUGAAAGGGAGUAGGGCAGUCCCAAUACUACAGGGAAGGAGGAUUGCUACAAGUUUGAGGCUAGCUUGGGCAACGUAUUAAGUACCAAGUCGGGUAGCUAUUAUAGGACAAGACCUUGCCCCAUCCUCUGCCUCUCCCACUACCCCCCAAAAUUAAAUCUCUGAUCUUUUUUUGGUGGAAUAAAUCUCCCGAUUGGGAGUCAAAAUUAUGCCUCAAGAGUUAUUCUACUUGUUUCUUUGAGAUUACUUUUUUAGCUGGAUGUCGUGGCACACACCUUUAAUCCCAGUACUCAGGAGGCAGAGGCAGGCAGAUCUCUGUGAGUUCAACGCCAGCCUGGUCUACAGAGAGAGACUCUGUCUUGAAGAGAAAAAACAACAACAAAAAAAAACUGUCUUGUUUGGGGCCAACCUCAAUCUACAGCAGCCCCAGCUAGCUGACUUCAUGUGAAAGAUGGCUAAUGCAGAAGUGAGUGUCCCAGUGGGAGACGUGGUUGUGGUCCCCACUGAAGGAAAUGAAGGGGAGAACCCUGAAGACACUAAGACUCAAGUGAUCUUGCAGCUGCAGCCUGUGCAACAAGGGAUUUAUGAAGCCGGGUCAGGGGACAACGCAGCAGUUGUAGCUGUUGAAACCCACACAAUACACAAAAUUGAAGAAGGAAUCGAUGCAAGCAGUAUAGAAGCGAACGAGGAUAUGGAAAUUGCUUACCCUAUAACCUGUGGAGAGAGUAAAGCUAUCCUCCUCUGGAAGAAGUUUGUGUGUCCAGGCAUAAAUGUGAAGUGCGUGAAGUUCAACGAUCAGUUGAUCAGCCCCAAGCAUUUUGUUCAUCUGGCUGGCAAGUCCACUCUGAAGGACUGGAAGAGAGCCAUCCGUCUAGGUGGCAUCAUGCUCAGGAAAAUGAUGGAUUCUGGACAAAUCGAUUUUUACCAGCAUGACAAGGUUUGCUCCAAUACCUGCAGGAGCACCAAGUUUGACCUUCUCAUCAGCAGCGCCAGGGCUCCCGUGCCAGGACAGCAGACAAGUGUGGUGCAGACCCCCACCUCGGCCGAUGGGAACAUCACACAGAUCGCCAUCUCAGAGGAGAGCAUGGAAGAGGCCGGGCUGGAGUGGAACUCAGCUCUCACUGCUGCUGUCACCAUGGCCACAGAGGAGGGCACAAAGAAAGACUCAGAAGAAAUUUCAGAGGAUACUUUGCUGUUCUGGAAGGGAAUAGCUGAUGUAGGGCUGAUGGAGGAGGUCAUCUGCAACAUACAAAAGGAGAUAGAGGAGCUCCUCAGGGGUGUUCAACAGCGGCUCAUCCAGGCCCCCUUCCAGGCCACAGACGCUGCUGUUCUGAACAACGUAGCGCAUACGUUUGGCCUCAUGGACACAGUCAGGAGAGUUUUGGACAACAGACGGAAACAAGUAGAGCACGGAGAGGAACAGUUUCUCUAUACACUGGCAGAUUUGGAACGGCAGUUGGAAGAGCAAAAAAAGCAAUCCCAAGAUCCCAGACUGAAAUCUCAGACAGUUCAAAAUGUGGUACUAAUGCCUGUGAGUACCCCAAAGCCUCCAAAAAGACCCCGGCUCCAGCGGCCAGCCUCCACCACCGUCCUGAGCCCUUCUCCUGCCCAGCAGCCUCAGUUUACUGUCAUCUCACCUAUCACCAUCACCCCCGUGGGCCAGUCAUUCUCCAUGGGCAAUAUUCCAGUGGCCACCCUCAGCCAGGGCUCCAGUCCUGUGACUGUGCACACACUGCCUUCUGGCCCUCAACUCUUCCGCUAUGCCACAGUGGUUUCCUCUGCCAAGAGCAACUCAUCAGACGCAGUGACCAUCCACCCUUCCUCAAGCUUGGCACUGCUGAGUUCCACCUCUAUGCAGGAUGGGAGUACCCUGGGCAAUAUGGCCACCAUGGUAAGCCCUGUGGAGCUGGUGGCCAUGGAGUCUGGCCUGACUUCAGCAAUCCAGGCUGUUGAAAGCACCUCGGAGGAUGGGCAGACCAUCAUUGAAAUUGACCCAGCCCCAGACCCUGAGGCUGAAGACCCUGAGGGCAAAGCAGUCAUCUUGGAGACAGACCUGAGGACUGAGGAGAAAGUGGUGGCCGAAAUGGAAGAACACCAGCAUCAGGUCCACAAUGUGGAGAUUGUGGUCUUGGAGGACUAACUGGGGAUGGGGCCAAGAGCUAUGUUUUGGUUUGGAAUUUUAAUUAUGUUUAUUUUUAUCAUUGUCCCAUUCAUUUCCACAUAGAACCUUUUUUAAAAAAAAAAAAAACAAAAACAAACAAACUACAAAAUCUUGUUGUAACUGAAAAUGUUGGGUUCCUCCUAUCCUCUCAUUGACAAAUGGACAGAACAAGCUACCUUUCCAGAAGUUAGGAACAGGUCACCCGGUGUCCAGAUCAUCUUUCCCAAGGAAGGUCUUGCUUUAAGGGUAGGUGUCAAAAUAACCAGGAACCCUUUCCAGAAUAGUCUGUGUACACAUGAUGGUUUCAUCCUUGUAAAGGUGCAUUGACCAAACUCUGGAACACAGAUCUGACACCAGAAGAUGACCCACUCUCCUCUGUACCCUGGAUACAGCCUCAGAGGCUGGUGCAAAACUCUGAAACAAGAGGAAGUUGACUGCUCAGAGCGGAAAGGAGCAUGCCAUCAGCAGCUUAGAGAGGGAAGUGCUUUGACAAGGAGGGGCCAAGGAAUGGCCUUAUGGAGGGUUCUCUGAUCCCCUCGAGCUCUCUGAGGGACGGGUACCAUUUUGAGAAGAGGCCAGUGGCAUGCAGAAGGGCGUGCAGCAAUCAAGGGAUUGUCACAGCUGUGCUUUUGGGCUAGCUCUCCUCGCCCCCAGCCUUGUCAAAGCCCUUGCCCUCCUCACUGUGGAUCAUUAGUCCAUUCCUUUACAGAUUGGGAUGUGGUAUAAAUUGUUCUCGUUCUUGGACUGUGGCUGUCAUGAGAGUGGGGCUCCAAGGUCAUCACUUCUGUUUCUUGACUCCAGGAAUGGCAGAGUUCCUCAUGCAGACCAGCUGCUAUUUUUGGUGGAACCCUGCAUGCAAGUGUGUGUGUGUGUGUGUGUGUGUGUGUGUGUGUGUGUGUAUGUGUGUCCAUGUUUUGGCUUUGGAACCAAAAGCAUUCACUCUCUUGGUGCUUCCCCUUGUCUUCAUCCUUCAGUCUUCUGGCUCCCACGCUCUGCAGCUUUUUGGCAGAUUGGGAGAGCAAUGCCAGGUGCCUGCCUGCCUUCACUCCCUUUGAGAUCCGCUUCUACAGUUUAUACCACAGAUGUUCCUGUGAGAUACUGAACUCAUAAAACGACUUAGGCUUGGCAGGGAAGACUGGUAACACCCCCAGCCUUUCCUGAGGCACGGACUACAUGUCUCCUGAGUGAGUGAGCUCCCUGGGAAAGAAACAUUAUCUAUGACAUUAUAAGAAAUAUAACAGGAGUGUCAGUAAUGUCUGGGGCGGGCUUCUUCCUAAAUGUUGCCUGGACAUUUAGAACUUUUUCACUUUCUGUGCUGUGAUCCCAUUUCCUUGACCCUCUUCAGUGUUUGGGGAAGAGUGGACAGUUUCUGAUUUCUUAAACUGUGUUGUUUACUGUAGUGGGGAAAAUACAGACCUGCUCUGGCUGACUUGAAGAAUGGGUCAGAAGAGCAUGCAGCUUAGGAGUUGGAGGAUUUAUUAUUAUCAUUAAAAGUAAAAAUUUGACUUUAGUUUCUUAAAAAAAAAUAGAGAAGGAUGCUUACUUAACCCCAUCUUCCCACCUGCAGGUUCUGGAGACUUUGUAAAGCAACUGACAACUAUCCCUCCCAUCUUAGAUGGCCAUAGGCAGCCAGGGAAGCCCUCACUGCUCUUUCUGAAGACCCUUAACAGUGGGAUUUCUGUUGACGGGCUCAGUGGGGAAUGCCUAUAAUCCCAGCACUCUGGGAGACGGAGGCAGGAGGAUCUCUGUGAGUUUGAGACUAGCCUGGUCUAUAAAGUGAGUUCAGGAUAGCCAAGGCUACACAGAGAAACCCUGUCUUGAAAAACAAACAACAAAACAAAACAAAAAGAAGGAUUUAUGAACUCUCUUCAGAUUUGUUUCAGUUUUAAAACUGGACUUUUCAAGAUAAAUUUAACUGGCUGGGGACAAAGCUCAGUUGGUAAAGGGCUCACCUUAGCAUGAAAGCUUGGGUCCAGUCUCCAGCAUGAAAUUAGCUGGUACUGGCCACAUACCUUUGAGCCUAACACUUGGGAAGUGGAAAUAGGAGGCUUAGAAAUUCAAGGUCAUUCUCAGCUAUAUAGUAAGUUCAAGACUGACAUGGGCUACAUGAAAUCAUGUCUCAAAAAAAAUUCUGUUUAGAACAAAUUCUUGGUCCCUUAUACAUUUUUAGUGAAGGAAGUGGAAUUUAUUUCUGACUUCCUUAGAUUUUUGUUAAUAUAUAGGAAUCUUUAUCACACUUAUUUAUCUGUGUGUGUGUGUGUGUGUGGUGGAAAGCUUGCUCUGGUGUAUAUGUGGAGGUCAGAGAACAACCUGCAGGAAUCAAUUCUCGCCUUCCAUCAGUGGGUCCUGGGAAUUGAACUCAGGUUGCCAGGCUUGGUUGCAAGCACCCUUAGCCAUUGAGCCAUCUUGCCAGUCCUAAGUUACUUGAACCUCGAAAGCCACAUCUCAUUCCUGUUGUGCUCUCUAUGACGUCAUUUCUCUUUCCCACAUAUGGGGAGGACCAAUUCAGGACACGGGAGCCCUAGAGAAUAGAUACAGGCUCGCUCGGGCCCUUUCUUUUGCAUUCAUCUCAGCUGUUGUAGCAUUAAAGGCCCUGUGAGCAUCAUGCUUCCAAAGUCAGAUUUCCUUCACGAGACAGAGCCUGUUUUACUUUAAACACUUUGGCAGGUGGAUUACAUGAGCUUUGCUGUUUUCCUAGUCUUCCAGUUGCUGUCAUUGUGAGCUGCUGUGGUGUUUGUGGGGAUGAGAUCUCCCACAGACCUGGUCUAGAUGACUUCAGAUGGGGUGAUAACACUUGCAAGUUACUGAUAUGUGAUAGGCAGUUGCAAUGAAAUUUCUCCUCAGGCUGACUUGAUGGUAGCUAUCUUUUCUCCAGCCAUUCAUUAAAUAAACAUUUCUAAGUACCAUC